AUGGCGGAGGAAGGUUAUGCCCGCCGGCUGUGCCACCUGCUCAUGGCGCCUGGUCUGCGGGAGGUUUUGCAGCUGUUUUUGCUGCUGACUAUCCUUGGUCUGGUGCUCUACAUGCUCUACUACCAGCACCCGCCGCAGCAGCACCUGCUCCAGCCAUCUGAGAUGGGCAACCCGGAAGAGAAUCAGAGGCUGCUCACGGGCCUGGGCUCCUGCCUACAAGAAGGGGAAAGAGCAGUGCAAAGAGGGGCUCUGAUUGCCCCGUUUUCUCUUUUCUUCCAGUGGGACGUAGCUGAGCUCCAGCUGAAUCACACAAGUCUGCGGCAGGACCCCCGGCUGUACUGGCAGGGGGCCCCAGCCCUGGGCCGCUCCUUCCUGCAUGGGCCACAGCUGGACAACGGGCAGCUGCGUGUCCAGCGUGAUGGCAUCUACAGGCUGCACAUCCAGGUGACACUAACCAACUGCUCCUCCUCCGUGAAGAACACUGUGCCCCGCAGGGCCACCCUGGUGGUGGGCAUCUGCUCUCCAGCGGGGCACAGCAUUAGCCUGCUUCGCCUCAACUUCCAUCUCCACUGCACUGUCUCCUCCCAGCGCCUGACCUACCUGGCCCACGGGGACACUCUCUGCACCAACCUCACUCUGCCGCUGCUGCCAUCCCAAAAUUUGGAUGAGACCUUUUUUGGGGUUCAGUGGGUGCACCCCUGACUGCUAUAUACCUCCUCACUCAGAUUUUUGGGAGAUGAGGAGCGGGCUUUUUAGUCACUUCAC